GCCGUGCGUAGCGGAAGCUAGGGGAGUUUGGAGGUUACACAGUGGCUGUAGUGUUUCUCCCUGUCUGCAGCCAUGAUCGGUCAGUGCGUCCGUCGUUUCGCUACCUCCGCCGUACGCCGUGCCCACUACGAAGAAGGCCCGGGCAAGAACCUGCCCUUUUCCAUUGAGAACAAGUGGAAGCUCCUCGCCCUAAUGACUGCUUUCUUCGGCAGUGGAUUUACCUUCCCCUUUAUUAUAGUCAGACAUCAGCUGCUGAAAAAAUGAGAGCUCUAAAGAAAAAUUUGAAGGUGCAGUGGACCGUCUGACGCUAUUCUGUAUUUUCCUACCAUGACAGACAUGGGUUGUAAAUAAACAGUUCUACGUGA